UAUAUGUAUAUUAGGUUCAUAAUAAUAAAGGAUAUCGCCAAUGCUCUUCUAUACCUCCAUGAAGAAUGCCACCCGUACAUCUUGCAUAGAGAUAUCAAGCCAGACAACAUACUCCUGGACAACAACUUCAAUGCCAAGCUUGCUGAUUUCGGGCUGUCAAGGAUCGCCGACCCCGACAACAACAUAGUGAAGACGACAGCCCAUGGGACUAAGGGUUAUAUUGAUCCACUCUGCAUGAGGGACGCGACCAUUGAAUUCGAUCGUAGCUCUGACAUGUACAGCUUCGGCAUGGUCCUGCUAGUGGUGGCAUGCACACAAGGCACCUCCAGGGAACAAGUCUGGCAGCUGUACCAGGACAAAUCUCUCCUGCAGGCUGCUGAUGACAAUUUGAGAGGCCAGUAUGACGAGACGCAGAUGGAAAGAGUACUCAUCCUAGGACUCUGUUGCUCCCGCCUUGAUGAUGCUACCAAGCGGCCUACCAUCCGUCAAGCAUUGGCUUUUCUGGAGCACGGCGGCCCAAUGCCAGCGCGCACGGCGAGGACGAGCGCGGGGACGGGCGGUCGGCGACAGUGGCUCGCGGCGGCGGCGGCCGAGCAGGUCGAGGAGUACCACCACGCCGAGCAGGUCGACGAGCAGGAGGACCACCACCACGCCGCGCAGCACGACAUGAGUAGCGACGCCGACUAG